UAAAAAGCUUCAUCUCGCUCAUUGCUUUUGAGUUGGGUGAGGGUUUUUUUUUUUUUUACAACCCACUUCUUCUGAUUUGCUUCUCCACUUUGUAUAGGAGCUUUUGUCACAUGUAAGGUUACUUCACCGAUGAUAGCAUCAAUUCUUGCUCCAUCAAUGGCGAGGAAUGGCCUUCGAAAGAGGAUUAAAUACUCUUUGCUUGUAUCCAUGUCGAUCACAAGGUAGUCUGGGAAGAAAAUGAGCGGAUCAACUUGGGUGCUUAAGCCUCAAACGACUCCAAGGGCUCUGCAACAGGUGUUGUUGGCUAACGGGAUCUGUACAUUGGCAUACUCCAUGUUAGCUAUUCUCAUCUAUUCAGAUUUAUGCAGUGGUAGCUUGUACACUCUUAAGCCAAGGUCACUAGACCUUUCUCCAUGUGACGGUCAUCCAAGAGACAUUUGCUGAUGAUAUGCCCGGAAUGCUCCUUUACUUCAUUGAUUGGGAUGAAUUAUUUGUAAUCCCAAGGGGUAUUCUUGAUCGUGUUCUCCUUUUCUUUGAGCCUAUAAUCUUCCUCCAUGAAAAUUUCAAGCUUUCCUUUAAGAUCCCUCCAUAGAAAUCAUCUCCCCCUAUAUUGGCACUGCCACUUCUGCUCCUCCAAAAGAUUAUAUCAAAAUUCUAAAGAUGGAUGGAUACUCAGCUCUUUUCUUCUCUUCUUCCUUUUUCAUGCUUGGAAAACUUAUGGUUGCUCCCAUCCGUGUUGAGAUGACUCUGACUUCCUCCUUCUUUGGAUUAUUUUCUAUAUUGCUCACCUUGCCACUUCUCGCACGUCACGAGUACUGAUGGCGUUCGUAGCUCUGCCUUUUUUGUGAUCGCUGUAAUGUCACAGUCACUCCAGCAUAUGGACAAUUUUUUGUGAACCAACGUCAUUUUAAAAGAAAAAAAUUCACCCAAAAUUUAAGAGAGAAAAAUAUAUGGCUCUUACCAUGAACUGAUAAGAGUUAGUUUAAUUAAUAUUUUUUAUGGUUACAACUAUUCAUUUGACUUAUAUCUAAUAUAAUAUAGGGCUAAUACCAUUAUAACACCCGAACUAUUGCAAAAAUGUCACUUUAUAUCAUGAAGUAUUUUUCUGUUAAAGUUGACUCGUUUUGACCGUUAGUUUUUAACAAAAAGUCCAGUCAGCGUUGAUGUGGCACAUGACGUGGAAUUUAAAUUUAUUUAAUAAAAAAAUCAUUAAACACUAUUACAGAAAAAAUUAUAUAAAAAUCAAAACAUCAAAAAUCAAAAUAAAAAGCUUCAUCUCGCUCAUUGCCCCCCCCCCCCCCCCCCCCCCCCCCCCCCCCCCCCCCCCCCGCGCCAGAUCUGCAGCGCAUACUUCUACUAGAAUGAGUGUGAGAGAUCUUUCUGCAAGGAUGGGAAUGUGAAGCGAGCGAUAACCAUGAUUAUUGGUGGGAUUAGACUGGGAGUUCUCUCCGAAGUGCUCCGACAGUCAUUCGCCGCCCGCAAGCUUCACAAUGACGACGGCGGAGAUCAAAAGACUCGCACAGUGGCCUCUCGUUCCCCUCCUUAUAUCGACGACAUCGAUUCGGCUUCCUCGUUCCCUACUCUGCUCGGUGGCUCCCCUUGCCCGCAACUGCCGUUGGCCAAAUCCUUCCUCCCAGUUGCGCCUUCGUCUACGCCUCGUCCGACUCAGGCAUCUCCAGAAAUCCAGAUCUCCGUCCUCAACCGUUCUACCGCAACUGCCAAAAAUUCUAUCGGAGGAAGAUUUCUCACCGCCCAAUGCAAGCCAUUGAGCAAAGCUAAGGGAUAGCUACUGGUAGUAAUCAUGUUUAGGAAAGUUAUUGAUAGAAGCAAGAAAUGGGGGAAACAGGCCUCCACUGGACCAAUGACGAGUUAUUUACAGGGACUACAUCUCGGCUGGGAGUUUUCAUGGUAGGAUUUUUUCUUAUCGCCCCAUAUGGCCAAUCUUCUUCUUCGUCCAAUGAAAACGAGCAGCGAAAUCGACUUGGCAAUUUUUUAGAGAAAGAGAGGACGAAUCCGUAGGGAAGAAGAAUAAUGAGAUUUUUUUAUUAUUUUGUUUUAUAAUUUUGGCAAUUUACAGUUUUUUUAAAUUUUAACUCAAUUUUUAUUUAAUUUGAAUAAAAAAAAUAUGAGGUCGGUGACGUGGCAUCUAUGUGGCAGCCACAUUUUUGCCACGUCAACAAAAGACAACUUCGCGUUGACCACCGUUUGGUCAACCGUUAUCUUUAAUCGUCAACGAAAUUGACAGGAUACAAAUGACACAAAGUAUCAUAGUUGAGGACAUGAAUGGAAUAUUUGAUACAAUAUGACACAAGUGACAUUUUUUCGAUAGUUCGGGUGUUAUAGUGGUAUUAGCCCUAUAAUAUAUUGAGUGACUCGCUAAAACUACAUUACUAACUAUUCCAAGUGUAAGAAAGACAUUAUCAAAGU